AUGGAACAUUCCAUGUAUGUGAUUGUCGGCGGUGGAGUUUCUGCCGUUGCUUGUUGCCAAGAGCUUAGAAAUGUCGAUCAAUUUGGCUCUAUAACCCUAAUUUCAGCUAGUCCUUUGCUUAAAGUAGUAAAGAAUCAUGUUCCUAUUGGACAGUUACUACAGUCUUUUGAUGUUUCCGAACAAUCAAUGUCUAGGACUUUUACAGAUGAAGAAAAUAUCAAAGUUGUAAAGGGAAAGGUAACGGGCUGGAAUUGGAAAGAUAAGAUUUUAUUUCUGAAGAACGGUCGCAGUUUUGCAUACAACAAGUUGUGCCUUUGUACGGGUGGAAGGCCAAAAGUUCAAUGGAAGCAUCCUUUAAUAAUUACUAUUCGAGAUACGGAAACUGUAGAAAGACUAAGCAAGAAAAUAAGAAAUGCCAGACGUGUUGUCAUUGUUGGGAAUGGUGGUAUUGCCACUGAAGUUGUUUAUGAACUUAAGAACGUUGAGAUAAUAUGGGCUAUACGACAUUCUUCUAUAUCGGCUACUUUUUUCGACGAAGGAGCUGCAGAAUUUUUCAAGCCCAUGUUGUUUUCUGGGAAAACUAAUGAAAAAAGGAAGGGCUUUGCGGGAUCAAAGCAGUACAGGAUAACGGUUGAAGAUGACGGAAAUACAGAGAGCGGAGUAGCCGGCUGUGCUCUUGGUCCUGACUGGGCUGUAGGAGUUGACAUAAGCGGUGCCUUAAAAGAGCGUUCAGUUCACGUAAUUUACAAUGUUGAAAUGAAGGGUUUUUUGGAGAGCAUUGAGAAGGUAACGCUGACGAAAGAAAGUCCGUUUAGUGAGGGCGAUUGGCCCCUAUAUAUCGAGUUAACUGAUGGUCAGAUAGUUGGUUGUGAUUUAGUGAUUCAGGCUACAGGAGUUCAGCCAAAUUCUGACUUGUGGAAAGCUAGCUGCAGCGAUAUGCGUCUCUGGACUCAGGCGUAUCAGAUGGGAGGGUACUGUGGACGCUGUAUGGCAAUUACUGAUAUUACUCUUGACUUUUGUUUUGAGUUAUUCAGUCAUAUAACAACAUUUUUUGGCUAUAAGGUCAUAUUUUUGGGAAAGUUUAAUGGUCAAGACGUUGAAAAACCGUGGCAUGUCCUUAUGCGGAUUUCGAAAGACCGAGAUUACAUUAAGUUAAUUAUUCAUAAUGGACGAAUACAAGGCGCUGUUCUAGUUGGAGAAACGAAUCUGGAAGAGGCGAUUGAAAAUUUAAUACUCAACCAAAUCGAUAUAACGGAUGUUGAGGACGAAUUGUUAGACCCUGAUAUUGAUAUAGGCGAUUAUUAUGAUUAA